AUGCCAGGAUUCGUCCGUGCGGAAGCCGAUGAUCGUGUCCAUCCUCACAUUGCUCAUUUCGAUUCCAGCUCUGGUAGGAACACAGCGGGAUUGAACGGUUUCUCACAUACUUUAACCUUCGGGCUCAACCUCGCCAUCUUCACCAAUCUCUGUCAAUUUGUCUAUGCUGGAACGAAGAGUCGGAGGAAACACAUAAAGCCUCAUGUGCGGAAAUGGGGUCCCUUCUAUUGCGUCCUCAUUGCCACCAUCGGGGUUAUGAUGGACCUCACUCGACAUGUCCUUAUUGACUCCAACAACUGGUUCAUGACCGACGUCGCCAAUGGGGACAGAGUGAAGUUCAACUUCGACGGUUGCAAGUACAGAAUCGAACGAGUUGAAGGAACCCCUGGCGAGUGUGCUGACAUUGGUCGUGGGCCUCUACAAGUUACUGAGGAAAACGCCCUGGGCGUGAGUGCUCCAAUGUACAACCCUGACGGCUCCUAUUCCUUCUAUGGGAUAUGGUUCACUCUAGUGGCGACAUGGACGGGCUUCCUGAUGAUGUUUAUUGGCAUCCUUUGGUACACCGACCUCCCCCACAAGUUGGCCCUGCAGUGGCGACAGGUCUUUGGUGAUAGGAGCAGCAACCGUGAACCUUUACUACCAUGA